AUGGCCGUGCAGGUGUCUCUGUGGCACCACUACCUGCGGGCCCUCCGCUCGCGGGCGGCGCCUCGGGCGCGGGACUACCAGCAGGCGGAGAACGUGCUGCUCACGGUGCUGGAGCGGGCGCGCGCCCUGGACCCCCGCUUCCUCGUGGAUUACUCCCGGGACCUGGGGGCCUUCCAGUUUGCCCUGCGCUCCUCGGACGGCCCGCUGGACAUGGAGGUGCCGCUGAGGGUGGCGGCCGAAGCCCUCCUGGUGGAGGAGCAAGGGGCCGCGGAGACGGGCGAUGGCCCUGUGACCUGCCGCCUGGGUGUCCCUAGGGGCGGGGUCGGCCUGGAGCCCUGGACGACUGACGAUGUCUUUGACCCCUGCUCGGAUGGCAGCGCCCAGUGCUCUGGCCACAUUGUGCCCAGCAAGGUCCUGCGCGUCCUCAAGGACCUUCUGGUGGCUGCCAUUGUGCACUGCAAGCAUCACGGCCUCAUAACGCCAGGUUCUCUGACGGUGGGCAGCCUGAAGGAGGAGGAGCUCGGCCUGUCCCUGCUCGUGUCCGGAGGCUGGAGGACGAUCCGCUUCCAUGUGGUGCCCGUGGUGCCCAGCAGGCGCCCAGCGCCGGCCCUGGACAGGGCCCAGCUGACGCCCGGGUUCCCUGAAGGCAGCCUGAAGAGGAUCACGGGCCAGGGCGUGGCCCUCGUGCCAGCGAGCCCCCAGCUCUGGAGGGUCUCCACGGACUACCUGCUCACCAGGCUGCUCAGUGCGCUGGGCACUCUCCCGGGCCACCGGCUGGACAGCCUCUCCAUCCUGGACCGCAUCAACCACGAGAGCUGGUGUGAUGGUGGCCGGAGCCCUGGCCUGACCUUCAGCCACCUGCAGACGGUGCUGCUGUGGGCCUGCGCGCUGUUCCCGGCGCCCGAGGACUGGGCCGAGCUGCAGGGCGCCGUGUACCGCCUGCUGGUGGUGCUGCUCUGCUGCCUGGCCACCAGGAAGCUGCCCCACUUCCUCCGGCCGGAGCAGGACCUGCUGCGGGGCAGCGGCCUGGAUCUGCACGCCCUCUACCAGCGCGUGGAGCUCUUCGCCAGCCAGCCCGAGGCGUCCCUGCGCAUCCACGUCACGCACCUGGGCCGCAGCCCCCCGCCCCGGCUCGGCAGCGGGGUCAAGGCGCUCCUGCAGCUGCCCGCCAACGACCCCGCCUACUGGGCCACCGCCUACUUCGACGUCCUGCUGGACAAGUUCCAGGUCUUCCACAUCCAGGAUGAGGACCGGGUGUCCGCCAUGCAGAGCAUCUUCCAGAAGACCAGGACGCUGGGCCGCGAGGGCUGCUGAGCGGGCCGCCCGGGACCUCAGCGGAAAG